UGUAUCUUGUGCCUUCUUACCAAUCCGUUAUUCGGUGUUUACUGUUUAAUAUAAAUCUCUCUGCAUGUAAUUGCCGUUCGGCUCGCGGAUGUUAGCCAAAGUUUACAACAUGAGUCAGAAGCGCGGACUUGAACGUUAUAUGCAUGUUAUGCAUGCAAAUAACAAGAGUUUGAUCAUUUACGCUGAUCAUGUAUACAGCAGGAAUACAAAUUACAAAAUUACGAAUUACAAGCUGUAAAACCCUGCGACAUCACAUUAUGCAUGAUUUAACUUAGUUGUGAUAAAAACAAAAAAGUUUCAGGUGAUUAAUUUAAUUUCAUUCGGUCUAGUAUUUUUUAGCAAUGUCAACAAAGGAAUCAAAGCCAAAUCUUAGCGAUUCCCAGGUCACAGAGAUUAUCAAACGUCUCUAUGGCUUGACCGUGUCCAUCAUUCGACCGUUGCCCAGUUAUGAUGAUCAGAACUUUUACGUGGCCCCCAGUGAGGGUGGAGAAUAUGUAUUAAAGGUUAUGAACUCAGCAGACAGUCACAACAGCACUGUUAUUGAGUUACAAACACAUUCUAUGAACUUCUUACACCAAAGAGGCCUUCCUGCUCAGACCGCUUUUCCCACUCUGACUGGCCAACUCAUGAGCUUGGAAGAGUUUGAUUGUGGUUUUGGCUUGCAGAAAUAUUUAGUGCGCUUACUUGCCUACCUGCCUGGCACUACCAUAGCCGAGAUUACCUGCAGUCCUCAGAUCUUGUAUGACGUUGGAAAAAUGGCCGCCACAUUGGAUACAGUUUUACUGCAAAAAUCGAGACUCAUCAGACCAGGCACCAUUUUUCCGGUCUUCAACUGCCCAAUUUUGAUGGAGCAUCCAAAGAUCAGUUCCCUUCAGAGAGAGAACUUUAUAUGGAGUCUCACCAGUGUUCCUCUCUUAAAUCAGUAUCUCCAUGUGAUGGAUGGGGACCCUGUUCAAAAGGUUGUUAAAUCCGUUAUUGAGCAGUACCAGGUCCAAGUCAUGCCAAAACUACCAUUGUUUCGCAAGUGCAUUAACCAUGGUGACUUUAAUGACCACAAUCUCUUGGUGAAACCGGAUGGACCCUCAAAGUACAAGAUCUCUGGGAUUCUUGAUUUUGGAGACAUGAGCUGUGGGUAUUUCAUAUUUGAGCUGGCCAUAACAAUCAUGUACAUGAUGAUUGAGAAUCCCAAUCCGCUCGAUGUCGGAGGGCCAGUGGUGGCGGGAUGGGAAAGUGUUUUUCCUCUCAAUGAGGCAGAAAGAGAUUCGCUGUAUUUGCUGGUUCUGUGCCGGUUCUGCCAGUCCCUUGUUCUGGCCCGGCAUACUGUGAUCCAGCAGCCCGAGAAUAAGGAGUACUUGAUGAUCACGGCCAGGACAGGUGUGCGGCACCUCAGUCGUCUUUGGGAGCUGGGUAAAGAGGAAGUGGAAAGAGUUUGGUCGCAGAGUGCUGCACAGUUCAGCCAACCCUGACUGAGCACUGAAGCAUGACGGCUUGCUCCAAUAAUAUAUGCAAAAUAAACCCAAAUCCAUCAACUUUCUUCCAUGGAAGACAAACUGUGAAAUUUGAAAUAAAGUCAAGGAGGACUGGGUCUGUUAAUUAUCACCAUAAAAGUGGUCCAAAAGUAUUUACUUUAAUCAAUGAUGAUGUCAAAUGGUGACUUUGGUGGAAGGUAGGGUGAUACGAAACAUGCUCUUAAAUAACAUUUUCAUUGUGCUUUUGGCUCUUUUCAGACACUGUCGGGUGGAAACCUUGCGUCUUCAAACACACUACUUUCCAGGAAAAUGUAAAACAGACUAUUCAGACUGAUCUCAUGAAGUAGUGUGUGUAUGACACGCCAAUUCGUAUUUCCAUUUUUGGCGUGCUAUCAAGACG